GACAACACCAGCGAACUUGCUCUGGGGGGACGUUAGCGACGGCGACGGCGACGAACGGCGACGAGCUGACCUUUGCUGGUGCGUUGGCGCCAACACCACCGCCUGAAGCUGCGGGACCGCCAGCCAUUGGAGGAGAUGUGGAUGCUGAGUGUGGGGGAGGAGGUGGAGGUGGGAGAGAAGGUGCGGGGAGUGCGGAGAAGGAUGGCUUCGUGUGCGGGUAUUUAUACGGGGCGCGCGUCCAAGCCGGAUCCGAGGAGCGCUACAGGCCCAUCAACAGAAGCAAACAGUCAAGAUGGCUGCAGUUGUCGCACAUAUCCAAUUCGCCCCGCGCGCCCAUACGCCCGUCGCCAUAACCGGCCGACGGACUUGCAAACUCGCAACAUCCGCGCCCAAUAGGGCGCCGCCGGCCAGCCAAGCGGGAGCGCACACCACGCGGUGCGCGCGGCGGACCCUUUCGCAAGACGAUCCCGCUCCCCUCCCCACAUGCACCCAUGCGCGCCCUGUCAGACACAGGGGCCGCCCCCAGCAGAGCGAGAGGCGACGAGUCGCUGCUGGACCCGCCUCCGCGCCCCGCGCCCAAUCUUGGCCGAUUUUCGCCACAGCCCAUCCUCCUCCCCCAAGCGCGGGUGCAGUCCCCCGGGGGGAAUCCCCGUAUCGCCGCAAUUGCCCCCGAACCCACCGUCCAAUCGCGCGAGACGUCCUUGCCUGCCGCUCGUCCAACCCUGCUCCGCGUCUCCGUCCUGAUUGCGGGGGGAACAGUUCAGGCUCGUUUCAUCCGCGUACCUUUGCGACUGUAUGACCCGCAGAAAAAUUCGGAAACCAAGAGGAACCAUCCCAUUCACCGCUGGCGUACGCC